GCGAGCAGUUCGGAUGCGCACGGUGCGAGGACGGCGUUUCAGUUAGCGGCGAGCCGCUGUCGAGGUAGGGUUCGCCUUUGUCGUCGGUUUCCCCCGGGACGCGUUACUUCAUCAAACUUCGGGCUCUCCGCGAAGGGUGAAAGUUCGUUAUCCUCGGGAGUGAGUUCUUCCCCCGUUUCACGUGGAAUCCCUCGCGGUGUGGAGGAUUACGACGAGACCCGGGAUAAUGUGAGCGGGUCCGCGCGCGAGAGAAAAACGCUCUCGACAUGAGGACGCGGAGCGGACUGUAGGACCCUCUCCCGGACGGUCCUUCCUUUCGGAAGGAAGAAGGCGCAGGGGGCGUGAACGGAGCAUCUCUCUCUUCCUCCCUCUUCCGGCCGGCGACGAAGCUCAGCGCUCGAAGGCCGUUCCCCACGAUGACGACGCAGCGGAGGAGCCCGCGCUGGCUCGUCCUCGCGACGACGACGAUCCUGCUGCUGGUGCGACAGGCCCGCGGCGAGAUCUACGCGAAGAUGUUCUCCAGCCAGCAGAACCCGAGCGACCCGUGCUACGACGAGGACCGGCCGCGGCGCUGCAUACCCGACUUCGUGAACGCGGCGUUCGGCGCCUCCGUCGAGGCGUCCUCCACGUGCGGCACCGGCGGUCCCACCCGGUACUGCGACGUGACCGAGCAGCCCGGCGGCACCGCCGGCUUCGGGCACUGCCACGUGUGCGACGACAGCACGCCCCGGCGGCGCUUCCCCGCGAGCUACCUCACCGACCUCAACAACCCGAACAACGUGACGUGCUGGCGCAGCGAGCCGCUCGUCAGCUCGCAGAGCUUCUCCGCGCCGCCCGACAACGUCACCCUCACCCUCUCCCUCGGCAAGAAGUACGAGCUGACGUACGUCAGCCUGCAGUUCUGCCCGCGCGCCGCCAAGCCGGACUCGAUCGCGAUCUACAAGUCGAUGGACUACGGCAAGACCUGGCAGCCGUUCCAGUUCUACUCGUCGCAGUGCCGGCGCGUCUACGGCCGGCCGAAUCGCGCCACCAUCACCAAGUCGAACGAGCAAGAGGCGCGGUGCACCGACAGCCACCGGUACACCGGCGGGGACGGCCUCGGCCCGAUCGGCAGGAUCGCCUUCAGCACCCUCGAGGGCCGGCCCUCCGCCAACGACUUCGACAACUCGCCGGUGCUGCAGGACUGGGUCACCGCCACCGACAUCAGGGUGGUGUUCAACCGGCUGCACAUGCCGCAGCAGCCCACCAGCCAGGAGCAGGUGGCCUCGUCCUUGACCGAGGACCACCACUCGCCCGGGAUCGGCCUGGAGGAGCUCGCGAAGCGCGAGCGCGAGGAGCGGCUGAAGAACCAGAAGAACGCGAUCCUCCACGACCCGCUGGUCACCGCGGUGCCGUCGGUGCAUCAGGUGAUCGCGCCGCAGGAGUCCAACGAGGCGAUCGACGCCGUCGUCAGGGACAUGGUCACCGCCACCACCACCACCACCGUCGUCGCGAACGCCGCCGCGGUCUUGGCGGCCGGCGGCCCGGUCGCCGCCACGAUGGCCCACCACUACGCCGUCUCGGACUUCGCCGUGGGCGGCAGGUGCAAGUGCAACGGCCACGCGGCGAGGUGCAUCCCCGGCAAGGACGGCGAGGUCGUCUGCGAGUGCCGGCACAACACCGCCGGCAGGGACUGCGAGCGCUGCCGGCCCUUCCACUUCGACCGGCCAUGGGCGAGGGCCACCGCCAGGGACGCCAACGAGUGCAAAGUGUGCAACUGCAACCUCCACGCGAGAAAGUGCAGAUUCAACAUGGAGCUGUACAAGCUGUCGGGCCGCGUCAGCGGUGGUAUUUGUCUGCAGUGCCGACACUCUACCGCGGGAAGGCACUGUCAUUAUUGCAAAGAAGGUUACUACAGGGACCCGGCGAGACCGAUCACGCAUCGCAAGGCCUGCAAACCGUGCGACUGUCAUCCGAUCGGGGCUUCUGGAAAGACCUGUAACCAGAGCACCGGCCAGUGUCCCUGCAAAGACGGUGUAACCGGUACUACUUGCAAUAGAUGCGCCAGGGGCUACCAGCAAAGCAGAUCGCAUAUUGCGCCUUGCAUCAAGAUACCCAGGGUCGUGCAGACGCAGGGCACGGCCGGCGAGGAGAGCGGCGAGCACGAGGACGACGACGAAGAGCGCGGAUACGACGGGCGAGCCGAUCAGUGCGGAAAGUGCCGUGCCAGCACGAAGAGGCUAAAUCUCAACAAGUACUGCAAAAGAGACUACGCUAUUCUGGGAAGAAUAACGGACAGACACAAGAAGAGCGACGGCUCGCAAUCCGGCACAAGCGUAUCAGGCACAUCCUGGAUCCGAUUCACCUUAAACGUCGACUUCGUUUACAAGAAAAACACCAACUCGAGGAUCCGACGUGGCGACGUCUCUCUUUACGUACACUCGGCUGAUCUGGCCUGCAGAUGCCCUAAAAUCAAGCCUAACAAGUCCUACUUGAUCCUCGGCCAAGAGAGCGACGGCGGUGGUCAAGGUGGGCUCACGAUUACGCAGAGGUCGAUCGUCAUCGAGUGGCGCGACGAAUGGCACCGCCGGAUGCGCCGUUUCCAGCGAAGGGCGAGAUCGUGCCAUUGAAAUGCUCCGUACAUCGCGGCGAGGAGGAAGAGAUAGGAAGAGCGAUCAGGAGAACAUGAGAGAACGAGAGAGGGAGAAAGGGAAAAAGAA